AAUAUUGAAGAUUACAUACAUUCAAUAUGUUCAAACAGCUCCCUCCUGAACUUCGUCUUGCCAUUCUACUUCAUCUGGAAAUAUUUGACCGGCUUUGUUUUUACUUAACUUGCCGCGACAACUGGGAUCUUCAUCUAAUGGAUCAAAAUUUUGACGAGCAUUUUUUUAAGAUAAAAUGCAAAAGACACGAACUCUGGAAGAGAACCAUGGAUCUUACCUGGAAACCAUAUUGCACAGACCCCUAUAUGGAUUUUCUUCGACGCUUAGAGAGGGAUGCCCAUGGCAGCUCUUACAUCUGUUCCGGUUGCUUCGCAUUGCAUUCUCAUCAGCAUUCGACAUUCGAGGAAGUUUGUUCUCACGCAACAAACGGAUUCGGCGAAUUUCUCACUAGACAAGUUGGAGACAAGCCUUUCGAGAAGAAGAAAGUUACAUGCGCCUUGACGGGAUCAUCUCCCUGGGAGAGGAAACCAAUCGUUAUCAAACAUCAAUCCCUCAAUCCCUCGGUCUUAUUGAAAGUCGAUUUCCAUUGCAACUACAAUUCCGAUGAAAUUCAACCUGCAUCAGUUGUCCACCGGAUCGUCCGAAUGCUCUUGCCACCGUCUGUCGUGGCAUAUAUUACGAAUGCGGAACGCUCUGUCACCUUUCCAAUGAUGAACUGCGCACCGUUUCGAUUAUGCUCUCACUUCGACUUUCAACGCUUCACCAGAUCAUCCACAAUACCUGAGUCAGAUUCUCCUAAUUUAGAACCUAUACUUGAUGGCUGUGGCUAUUUCAGCUUUGUUCGGUCAAAAGAGAUAUUGAGAACAGGACUAUAUACAUGCGAUAGGUGUGGUUCUGCUUUUUCUUUCACAUUUCAUAAUCUGGGAUCUGAAAUCGGUAUUGAAUUCGUCUUUGAUGCUUGGAAUUCCGGUAUAAGUUGGGACGCUAGACACGGUGAUGGCGGCUGGAACUUUUUGCCAUGGGACUCCUGGAAUUCCGAAGGUAGUGAUGAAGAACCUGCCCAGCUUGAGCUAUAUGGAGCUGACGAAUUGCCAUCACAUGAUAUGGAAUUUAUUUAUGCAAGCGCUCUGGUUAUUCCUGGCAGUAGUGCGAGACAUGAUAGUUCGCUUGCUCAAGCGAUGAAGAAUCAAUAAGGUUUCGGUUGGGGUGAGCCUUUUUAGGACC